AUGGUGCUCAUUACUCAACUUCUGUCGGGCUUUGCCCUUGCUUCAGGUAUCCUUGCAUCACCUAUCGAGCGCCGUGCUGUUAUUAAUCACGAUGCUGUCGUUGGGUUUCCGCAAACUGUUCCAUCCAAUACAGCUGGCUCACUCUAUCUGAAGUACAAGCCUUACCUCAAGGUCUUCAACGGAUGUGUGCCCUUUCCCGCGGUUGAUAGUAAGGGAAACACUGGUGGAGGCCUAGCCACAAGUGGCUCAUCUAAUGGAGGUUGCAGUAGCAGUACGGGCCAGGUCUACGUACGAGGCGGGACUUACAAUGGUCGCUACGGUAUUAUGUACUCUUGGUACAUGCCAAAGGAUUCACCCUCUCCCGGACUAGGACAUCGCCACGACUGGGAAAACGCGGUGAUAUGGUUGUCUGGUGAAAGCACAAGUGCCACAGUUGUUGGCAUGGCAGUUUCUCAACACGGAGGAUAUGACAAGAGAACGUCUGGUACAUUCUCCGGAAACAGUCCUUUAGUGGGAUAUACUGCCAUCUGGCCUACUAACCACCAAAUGAUCUUUACCAACGACCAAGGUGGCCAGCAGCCGCUGAUUGCCUGGGAGAGUUUGACCGCUGCGGCUCGUACAGCUUUGACAAACACUGACUUCGGCAGUGCCAACGUCCCAUUCAAGGAUGGAAGCUUCGAGUCAAAUCUAGACAAGGCAGCUGUCUAA